AUGGCUAAUAAAAAGGUAGCAAAUUUUUCGAGUUUUUUACAGACAAAAAAUCGCUCAAAUCAGCUUCAGAACAAUCAAAAUAAGAAAAGUACGGAAUCGGCGGCGCCAAACGGAAACAUGACUCCGGCAGGCCAAACAGUGACGAGUACGCAGACUAUUGCGCCAAAUAAGGACUGUCCCCGUGAGUUGGACACUGGAAAAUGGGGACCAUUUGACGUUUUUAGAAGAAAGCAGGGCUGGGCAAUUGGCCGACCGUUGUAAUGCAUUUUUGACGCACUUGCAAUAUUCCGAUCGGACCGAAACUUUCCAGACUUCUUUGACAUAGAUUGAAGGCCAUUGGGACCAAGUUUUAGCUCGAUCGGAUCAUCUGGUCCCGAUUUUGGCCGAUGGCCCGGGCUUUCGGCCAACGAUCCACAUAUCUCGGGUCCAGAUGAUCCGAUCGACCUGAAACUUGGACCCAACAUACUUCAAUCCAAGUUCAAGAAGCCUGCAAAGUUUGGGUCCGAUCGGAUCUUUGUAAGUGGGUCAAAAGUCACAAAAAGCCUAGGCCGAAAUUUGCCCAGUCCUGCGUUUCUGAGAGUUGCGACUCGGACAGACUUUAUGGGGUUAUUCAGGCUGUGAAAAAAAUGAUUUUUUUCCGUUUUUUUUUCGUUUUUUUACGUCAAAAAACCCAAUUCAGCGGUGUAAAAAAACGAAAAAAACGGGAAACAAACAUACGCUGAAUAGCCCCAUUAUAAAGACUCGAAUUUCACUAAUUCCCAGUUUCAACAUUUUCGUAAUUUUGUACAUACCACUUCAAUGGGUUCAGGCUCUGAUAGCUUCGUUUCCAAAAAAAUCGGUUCUAGCAACAAAAGAGGGCUCGAUUUCCAUAGCAAACAAUGAAAUAAUCGAUGGGAACCGCUGGGCGGGGGGUCGUUCGAUUCGAAUGCAAAAGCGGAGAGAAAAUAAAUAAAAAUGAAAAUCGAACCGAAAAUCGGCGACGACGCGUCAUCGCUCUUUUUUGUUUGGGGCUACAAUAAAACGGUGUCAGAACGUGGACUUUCGCCCGACUUUUCCAGUGAAAAUGUAUCUUCUAACGAUUUUUCACUGAAUUUCGCACUAUUAUCUUGUCUCAAUUUACGGUUCCACCACUCGAAAAGUGCCUGCUGAAAUGUCCUAUUAUUUCUACGUUUUUUCAAAGGAUUUUCGCAUUUUUCGGCGAUUUUCAAGAGGAAGAAUUUCUGAGGGAAUUGGUAAGAAAUAUGAUAAAUUGACAAAAAAUUUUACGAAAGCCGAUUGAAAUAUUACUAGAAUCUAACCAAACAUUGUCUGAAGCAGUAAAAAAAUUGUCUUCAGACGCCACGUCAUCAGCAGCACUCCCGGUGACCGCUGCAACCCAGAAUUCGCCGUCGACGACGUCUUCUGGACAACAACAUCGUCUUUCGACGUCAUCAACGAACAGCCAGCCGCCGACGACGAAAUUGUCGCUGAAAAAGCCGCAAGUCGAGGUGGAGAAGGUAAUUUGUCGAACGUUCAGCUAUUUUUAGAGGAUUUGCAUUGAAAAAUGUGUCAUUGUAAGCACGAGAAAGUGCUCAUUCUGGUGAAGACUCUAUUGCAGAACGUGAGCGGUCCCAACCAGGGAACUUUCAGAGGAAACGGUCCAAAAGACCAUCGAGCGAGGGACAAGGAGAAGGAAAAGUGAGUGGACAAUAUCGAUUUGCGAUAAUUUCGAUAAUUUGACACUGCAGGAAUGUACCUCGACGUUAUUCCGUAUCAACCUCAAAAGCGCAGAUUUUUACGAUUUUUCAGCAGCAAAUUGCUGUUUCUACAGUAAUCUACCGUAAUCUGUGACCGGUGUAAAGGACGCUUAGAACAAAAAAUGUGCGCACAAGGGGAAAACAUUUUUGAGCGGGUGAAUCAACGGGAAAAGCAACGUCAACGUACAUUUCUGCAAAACUAUUUUACAGCUCUUAAAAUUCAUAAAAAUCCUUGUUUUUUUGUCUAAACUAAUGAAGAUCGCAAACUUUUUUUCUGCAGAUGUUUCCGGAGCGGAGGCCAAAAUCACACGGCUCAACAGAAUCAGCAGCAGCAGCAAAAUAAUAAUGCAAGUCAGAAUAAUCAACGGAAAAAAGAGUACAACAAGGUGGGACAUUUUUAUUGUAAACAAAUGAAAACAUUUGAACGCUAAAGAUCACGUAAUUCCGGAUAAAAAGUUUCAGAACAACCGUGAUCACUCGUCGCAAAGUCACCGUAGCGGCACGUACCAUCAGCCCCCGCCGGUGCCGCCAACUUCUUCUUCUUCUUCCACUUCCACUUCCACUUCCACUUCCACUUCCACCCCUUCCGCUCCCCAAUCGUUAAUACCGAUCCCACCGGGACCGCCGUCGGUUCUCGCCUCUUCUCUGUCGCAAAUGGAGAUCAAACCGAUAGGAUUUCCGCCGAUUUCGGCUCAACUGGCAUGGGAACUCGCGAGGGCGCACGAAUCGAAAGCGGCGCAGACGGAGCGGCAGACGAGCGAGAAGAAGCAGAAGAAGGAGACGAGGGGACCGGAGGAACGGACGAGACCCGCCAAGGCGAGCACGUUCAUGAGCAACGACCCAAAACUCAUGGAUACGGUCAUCGCAUACAAUGAGGUUACCUUUUUUUUCUAUGAUAAAAAAAACAAGUUGUUUCUGCCCAUCUCUGUUAGAAGAACGUGUUUCUCCAAAAAGUUUCGAAGAAAUGCUAAUAUUUCAGUUGAAAUCUUUGACGUCGUACUAUCGGGGUAUUGAAAUAUGAAUGCGCUCUGCUAAGAAACCGCUCCAUUUGUGAUCACGUUUUUGAUUGGCGCCGGGCUGACAUUCACUUUGAGAUUCCCCCGAUAGAUGCCCGGAUUGUUCCUUUGAAAAAAUCGUUUUAUUGUUCAGCACGACGACUGGAACAAGGUGGAAUUGAUGUGCGAGAUGCUCUCGUUCCUCUCGCAACCGGACCUCCGUCUGAUCGGCAACUGUGUCGACGGAAAGACGCGGCAGUACAUGCUGCAGAUGCGCCCCGUCGAACAAGUGGCCAACUCGGCCGAUCCGACCGCCGCACUGCCCCGAUUCAUCUGCGCACCGCCCACGCACACGCCGCACACGUUGGGAAUGCUGCAGUCGAACGAGACGAUGAAGAAUCAGCUGGUGCCGGUGAUCAGGACGUUCUGCGGCAACGAUGUCUCCGGAUUUCCGCUCACUCGAAUCAACACGGCGGUGUAAGCGCUUCUUUUGGAAUCUCUUUGGAAUCUUCCGAAGUUUUUCUGCCUAUUUUAGACAUUUCAUUUGACUAAUCUCAAAAAGCUCUGAAAAUGAUCGCACUGGAAAAGCACUUUUCUAAUUUUCGCGUUUUUCUUCAGUCCUCCCGGAAUACCAUAUCCUCCGCCGACUUCCGACUAUCAACUGCCGUCCUCAUCGCAAUCCUCAUCGAAUUCGAUCAAAGAUACAAUUGUGAACGGAGGAACGCCCACGACAAACGGAACCGCCCAGAUCUCCAAUGAGAAUAAUGCUGGUGAGAAGGAGUUUUGAAAAUUCGCAUUUUGACAGACUUGGCCUAGGAUCCGAUGAAGUUUUCUAGGCCAAGUUUGAAAAGGCGAAUUGUUCGAAAUAAGUUCAAAAUUCAGUCUGUCCUAAAUGCAUACUUCAGUGACGCCGGCGCCUUCAGGAACAAGUGCCGCACCGGCCGAAAAUGGACCGUCGAUGCUCCCGCCGCCCGGAAUUCCGAUCACGUCGAUUCCGCCGCCGACGACGACGCAACAUGUGAUUCAGCACUCGAACGGACCCCUCAUCCCCCAGGAUCCGGUUAUAUUUUUGAAAAAAGUCAAGGAAUUGAACGAGUAUUUCUACCAUCUCAUGUCCUGUUGCGACUCGAAUAAUCGCAGAUCCGCUAUCAAGGUGAGCACCUUUUUUUUUCUUUAAAAAUUCUUCAAUGUCGAGUCUACUGUAUAGCCGAUCGAGAAAACGAAUUUUUACUGAAAGAAUUUUGAAAUUGAAGUUAUUUGCAGCUCGCCGAAUACGUUUCCAAUGUGAUUCUACGCGAAAAAGAACAAAUAUUGGAGCGGAUUCCGGACAUUUUGGACAAAAUGGAAGUGCUCCAAGGCAUAGGGAAAAGUGGUAAGUUUUUGGCCUGGGGCAGGCUUGUUCAUUCAAUAUUUUGACAAAUUUGUCACUAAAAAUCGCUAAAAUUCAAAUAUCUUUGUACAGUCUCGGCAGUGGUCCAUCAUCCGGCGAUAUCCCUCAAUUUCAAAUUCCAAUUUGCCGACAUUCGCGACAAUUUACGUGCGCAAAUCGAGGGACUCCGCUCCGAAUAUUGGAAUUCGGAACAGAGAAAAAUGGCGGAAAUGGCGCAGAAAAGCAGGGAAAUGAGUGGGGGAAUCGGGCGGGAAACCACAGAAACGGACGAAUCCGACGAGGAAGACGACGAUGCCGACGAUUCAUUUGCUAGAAACGGUAAGCGCUGCGAUUUAUAGGGCUAUUCUUUAGGAUUUUGUGAUAGAAUCUUUUAGAACUCUUCUGAACAGGCCUGGGCGAGCGAUUCGCUCCACGCUGUCUGAGGAAAUGAUGACAAAAAGAUCUGGGGGCGAGGGAAAGGCGGUUAGUGUGCGAAAAGGUGAGACGCAGACGCGAAAUCUCUCGCGUCUGUUUCCCGUCUAGGAUUCCCCGAAUCAGAAGUGUCCCGGUCCGGAACCCGUCAUGCAGAUAGGUUCUGAUUCGGGGUAGCCUCUACUCGCCUUCCUCUCGCCCCCCACGUUUUUUCCCGUUUCAACCGCUAUCCAUGUUUCCUGGAAAUGUCGUUUACAAUGUAAAAAAAAACUUUACAUAGAUUAUCGAUUUGGACUGAAUCCGUUCUCGAAUGCACAGCCGACGAGCACCAAUCGGACCGCCUUCAUCACCAGAUUUAUCGGACGGCAAAUUGAGAAAAAUGAGAAUUUGUUCUGUUUGGAGGUGAGUUUUUGACGUGGAUUUUCACAACAACAAAUGAUUCAGAUCCACUGGAGCGACGGCGAUCGCACAUUCACUCAGAGAACUCGCGAGCAGCUGAAAGCGUUCCAGCACAGACUUUUGGACGAAUUCGGACAGCAGAGAAGCGAAAAAUUCCACCUUCCCGGGGUAACUUUUUCGAUCAUUCUUCUAGACGUUUGCUUUUUUUUGCAGAUGUCCUCUUCAAUUUCAUCGCUAAACGAGGAGAACAAGAAGCUGUCGACGAGCACGUCAACCAUGGAAAGUUAGUGAUCACCUAGAAAAUUUUAAGGAAGGGUCGGCUUUUCCGUCACCUCGUCGCUCCACCGCUUCUCUUUUCCGUCCUCCGAUCCUAGACGGUGCGGUUGGGUUGUACGUCUCGCAGGAAUAGAAGAGAGCGGCGAUUAUGUUGAACAUAUGGAUUUCCUGCAUGAUUGUGUGGUAGACUGUCCAUCCUCCUUGAAUCCGUCUCGAAAUCUCCUUGUCGAGUUCGCCCGUGGGGUCUAUUCAUGUAUUUGGCUGAAUCGGAAGAGAGCAUAAUUUUAAUGUUUCAAAAAUUUUUCAGGGAAAAUUGGGCAAUUUAGAAGCUUGAAUAGCAAACGGUUCAUGGUUGAAAUUCCGUAGAAAUUGCACCGAAUCCGUACUUGGAAUUUGCAGCGGCGUUUUACCCGUCCGGCGACCGCAUCGUGCCGCGUCUUCCGCACGACGCCACCGCCGCGCAACUCGUGCAGUACAUCAACGAAUUGUCGGAUUUGCCGGCCCGAAUGAUGAUUUCGGCGGUGAUUUGCGAGGAAUUCGAUGGAACACGCGCCAGAACCGAGGAUGUACGUUCUUCUCUCUCUCUCUCUCGCUUUUACAAAGUUUUCAGAUAAAAUAGCGAUUUUUUCAAAUUUUAAAGAAACAAUCUUAAUAAAUUAGAGAAAAGUUACAAACGCCAAUUUAGGAGAGAUUUGAAACGGUGAACAUUGGAUUUUGUGAAAUAAAUCACGUGAUCCCCGAAAAAGAAUUUCAAUACAUUGUUUUGCCGAUUUUGCAAAAAGCUUGUGUGUGAAGUUGUUGCAGGAGAGCGUUUCGGACGGCCUCAUAUUCUCUCGAUGGAAGAAUCCGCGGUCGCAAUCACCGUCACGAAUGCCCAAAAAAACGGAGGGAGCGGAGAAGACGAACGGACGGACGGCCCUUCCGUUCCACAUUCAGCCGUUCGGCUACUCGAAUAUUCCACAGAAUCAUGCACAGGUAUCCACUUUUUACUGCAAUUUUCACAACGAUUUUCGCAGAUUAUCUAUCCGAGCUGUUGCAACUGCGCUGGACAGCACGAGUACAAGAAUUGCGAAAAACAGACGUUGCUCGACAAAAAAGGUACGUUUUUUUUUUAAAUUUAAUCUACUCUUUCAACCAUUAUUACCCCUAAAAAAGCUGCAGUGGAGCAAAAAAUGCGUUCGGCGGCGGAGACGGACACCACACUGAUUUCGUCGUCGUCGCCCGUUCCGCCACUGACCAUUCCGCAACCGCCGCAAUUCCACGUGGAGAACACGUCGAUGCCAAUGACGUGCGCGCCGAGCCACUUUGGACACCACCAACAUCAGCAAAUGAUGCAGAACAACCUCUUCCACACCGCCGCCGGUACGGAAGGCUUCUGGAAGAAAUUGUAUAACGUUUAAAAAAGCAAAUUUCCAGGUCACAUGCGUGCUCCGAACGGCUACGAAGCGGUCACGGGCCAGCCGAUCCUUUUCGGCUACCCGCACAUUGCUCAUCCGCCCACUUCUGUCGCUUCCGGCACCUCCCAAAAUGGAGGGAAUUCGAAUUUUUGA